AUGGUCGAGCUCCGUAGCGGAAAGCGUGUAUCUGUGCAGGACAAUGUCCAGGCCGGCGGCUCACGGGCCGGAAACAACAACUCUGGACAGCAGUCGACCGCUACCCAGCGCAACGCCCAAGCGCGCAGCGGGACGGCCCACUCGAACAGCAGCGAAAUCACGAGCAAAGAGCUAGAAGGAUGCCACAACGAGCCGUCGGAGCCACAGUCAGACGCCAGUAGCGAAUGGGAAGACGUCGACACGGAGGAUGAGGACCGGCCCGGCAGCAAAAUCACGAGCAAAGAGCCAGAAGGCUACCACACCGAGCCGUCGGAGCCGCAGUCAGACGGUAGCGAAUGGGAAGACAUCGACACGGAGGACAAGAAGCGGCCCAGCACGAACGCCUUCUCCACCUCAGCCAUGGAGUCGGCGAUAGCAGAAAUAAGAGGAGGAAGAGCAGGCAAAACCGAUCGGCCGAGCACUCCUCCUCCGCAGUUUCCGCCGCGGCGGCCGCUGCCGCCAGACGCACCAUCCACGACGCCGCUCGACCGCCGCCCCUCGCCCGGCCGCAUCGUCAACGCGCGCGAGGCCAACGAGCUCGGCGCGGCGCCCGUCCCGUCGCGCGGCGACCCGGCCGAGUGGCCCAACGUGCGCGACGCCGACUACAGCAACCUGUCGGACAUCCGCUGGUCGCCGACGAGGGGCGCGGUGAGGGAGGGCAGGGCCCGGCGGGUGGACGCGCCGCCGAGGCGGAUCGGGCGCCGCAAGAACCCGGCGUAUGAGAGGUGGGAGGAGGAGAGGCCGCUGAGGGAUGAGGACUAUCUCUUUCAUUGCAUUUAUCUGUGUGUGGCGAGGGGCCCGCGGGAGAUGCCGCCGACGUGGGAUAGGGCGGGGUAUCGGCUGGAUUGGAGGAAGUGUGAGCAGUGGAUCAGGCCGACGGGGAAGCCGGUGAAUCGGAGUUGGUGGCAGGAGGAGAUGGUGAUGAUGGAGCGUGAGGCAGUGGAGGAGAGGGCCAUGGAGAUUUUCUUCGAGCCUGGGGCGGCGCCGUCGAAGGACGAGGUGAGUCCGGUUCACUGGUGGCUUUGGGAGGAUAGGGUGUCGAAGGAUUUGGGGGUUCCGUUCCAUGAAGUGGGCUUGGAGGAGUUUGAGGAAUGGGAGAGGAGAGGAUUCCAGAAGGCGAAGGCGGGUGAAUAUAUGAAAUACUCAAACGAGCAGAUGGAGAGGGUUUCCAAUCUGGCUUCUGGCUCCGCGCUGAGGAAAGGCGGUUGCAGGACAAAGAUCUAA